GGAGGCAUGGAGAUGUUGCGCCGCUCCUCUGUGUUCGCUGCGGAGGUGUUCGACCGCACGCCCACCACCGACAAGGAGCUGGUGUCCCAGGCCAAAGCGCUGUGCAGGGACUACAUCCAUUCCAGGCUGAACCGGGUCGGCAUAGGCUGGUCCAACCCGGACCACGGGCUGGCUGCAUCGGGCGGGACGCUGGGGGAGACGUCGUCGGUCCUGCUGUGGCUGGGUGACGAGUUGGAAUACCUUCGCCCUAACAUUUAUCGUAAUGUAGCGCGACAGCUGAACAUCGCAGUUGCUUCGGAGAACGCGGUGUCGGACGCAUUCCUGGCUGUGGCUGCAGACAUGUUCUCUACAGGUAUUACUUGGGGAAAGGUGGUUUCUUUGUACGCCGUAGCAGGGGCCUUGGCUGUUGAUUGUGUUCGCCACGGUCAUCCGGACAUGGUCGAUACCAUCGUCGACUGCAUGGGAGAGUUUGUCCGCAAGCAUCUGACCUCCUGGUUAAAAAGGAAAGGGGGCUGGGUGGAUGUCACAAAAUGCGUGGUGAACACUGACGCCAGUUUCCGCUCUCAUUGGCUGGUGACUGCUGCCUGCACCUUUGGACACUAUCUGAAAGCCAUCGUGUUGUACCUCCUCAGGGAGAAGUGA